ACUAUUCUUUUCAAAAGUAAUUUCUAUUUACUUCUGACUUCUAAGAUGGGCAACAAUAUCUCUUUUAUUUUCCUCAUGAUUUUUGCAUCCUUUACGGCCAUGGCAGUAGCACGACGGCAGGAUGCGGGCAUUUCGUGCGGUCCAAAUGCAGAGUUCACUACAUGCGGCGCCUUUUGCCUGCCCACAUGCUAUAUUAGUCCGUUUCCAAUUCGCGCAGUUUGCCUGCAAGUAUGCCGCGUCGGCUGCCAGUGCAAUUCAGGAUAUGUGCUGAACAAUGCUGGCCAAUGUGUGUUGAGCAGUGAAUGUUAAUCGAAAUUUAGUUUUUUUAAUACAAUAA